AGUGCCAACAUGCGUUUUGAUUGAAUUUUAACAGCAAAUAAAAUUGUUUGUUGGGGGUAAAUAAUAUCAGACGAUAAUACUUCGUGAUGGGUUUUAAUUUUUUUGUGAUUGUGACUGGGCUAUCACCUUUGACAUUAUUUGGUCUGAGAUACAAGCGGUAAAUAAUACACUAAACAUAUUUAUAUUGUUAAGAUUGGUUGCAGUGGUAUACGAGGUCCGACAGAUACGAACUGUUCGUUGUGCGGCACCUAGCCUGGUUAAGAUUUCAUCGGAAUAUUGUGGAUUUCAGAAGGAGUAUUGCCGAAAUGACAGAAUCACGUACAGAAUUCAAAUUAAAAAAUCCUCCCGAAGACGGAAUAUCGUCUGUGAAGUUUGGUCCGAAUUCGUCGCAGUUUCUGUUAGUAUCAUCGUGGGACAAUACUGUGCGCCUGUAUGAUGUUAUCACAAAUAAUAUGAGGUUGAAAUACUCCCAUGAUCGACCGGUUUUAGAUGUUUGUUUUCAGGAUGCUGUCCACUCAUAUAGUGGGGGCCUCGAUAACACUCUUAAAAUGUAUGAUUUUAACAGCACAACAGAGACUGUUGUUGGAUCACAUGAUCAAGCUAUAAGAGCUGUUGAAUACUCUCCUGAAGUUAAUGGAAUAUUAACAGGAAGUUGGGAUGCUACAACAAAGUUGUGGGAUCCCAGGAGCCCUCGUUGUGUGGGAACAUACACUCAACCAGACAAGGUCUUUACUAUGAGUUUGUGUGGUGAAAAAUUUGUAGUUGGUACUGCUGGCAGAAAGGUUUAUGUUUGGGAUUUGCGAAAUAUGGGUUAUGUACAUCAAAGGCGUGAAUCCAGUUUGAAAUAUCAGACUCGUUGUAUUCGCUGUUUUCCAAAUAAGCAGGGUUAUGUUUUGAGUAGUAUUGAAGGUCGUGUAGCCGUUGAAUAUUUGGAUACAAGCCCAGAAGUUCAGAAGAAGAAAUAUGCUUUCAAAUGUCAUCGAUUGAAAGAAGGAGGUAUUGAACAUAUACAUCCUGUAAACGCGAUAAGUUUUCAUACAGGUUACAAUACUUUUGCAACGGGUGGAUCAGAUGGGUAUGUAAACAUCUGGGACGGCUUUAACAAAAAGCGUCUGUGUCAAUUUCAUCGCUAUUCAGCGUCUAUAUCAUCAUUAUGCUUCAGUCAUGACGGUACUGUCCUUGCAAUAGCAUGUUCAUAUAUGUAUGAACAGGAAAUCCCUCCAGAAAAUGUUCCUGAAGAUAAUGUGUUUAUCAGAUAUGUAUCAGACCAAGAAACAAAACCAAAGUGAAUGGUGAAUAUGAAGCUUGAAAUAUUGAGAUGCUGUGAACAAGUGUACAUAAUAUUAUGUGCAACCAUGUAUUUAUAAGAUGGAUGUUGUGGAAAAAGUGAUAUUGUCUUUAUCAAGAAUCAUUUGAUUGAAUGCUGUAGUAUAAGUUGAUACAAAUUAUUAGAUGUGCAUAUUUGGAAACUACUGGUAUGUAAUUUUAAAGCAAUUAGUCUUCCAUUAAAAUGUUCAAUGAAGAUUAUUUGGAAGCAAGUGUAAAACUCUGAACUCAAGAAAGCAGGAAGAAAGGUUUCAAGAAUUCUCAGAGAAAUUUACCAGAACUAUAAAAAAUGUGUCAUCUUUAAGAAAUUUGGAAUCAAUCAAACAGAUUAUGCAGAACUUAAUUAUCUAUUAAACUAACAUUUUCCAAGUUUGUAUUUUUAAACAAUGAUAAAUUUUUAAAAUAUUGAGUUGAUACAAUCAAAUAAUAUUGACUAAAGAAUUCCCAUUAAUUUUCCAUUCCCAAUAGAUAUUUCAUUGUAUGUGUACUCACUUUUCAGAUUUUGAGUAUUAACGUUUAUGGUUACCUUUGAUCACCACGUAAAUGGUGGUAUGGUAGACCUUUCUAAGGACCACUAAAGCAGGGGUGCCCAACUAGCAAAGCCUCAAGGACCACAAUUAAAACCGGCUAAAACCUCUUAUACGGUUGUGGGCUGUAUUUUCAUUGCUUGGGUGAUCCACACAUGAUCCCUCAUUGUUGAUUUUGGCAGUUUGUUUGGCAGAUCUGAAAUGGGAAGGUAGAUGGAACUGAUUGUGUAUGACUCAAUGAAACACUGAUAAUGUAGAAUUUAUACAUCUUCUAGAAGAAAAAAAAUUAAUCUAAACUUAACCUAUUUUUAUAUUAAGGGGGUGUUGACCCGAACAGGGUGCAUGGUCUAGGCACGCAAUGUUCUUGCGAGACAUGGAUGCAAGGGCCUUUAACAUUUGACCUUUUGCAGCCCACAGUAACAGACACAGUUGGUCAUCACAAGUGGCUGCCAGUUGGACCCAGCGCUAAGGCAUAUUGUUUUUAUCUUAUAUGAAAAGCUACUAUUACAAGCGAGGAAUGCUACAAUAAGUUUAUUAUAUUUUCACCUAAGGUUAUCUUUCAUUUUUAUUGUUUUGUCUGUAUGUAUGAUGUCAGUCUUUUCUGGUACUGACAUUAACUUCAUUUUGCAAGCCAUCGUAAAGGGAAUUGUCUCUAAACUGAAACACCUUCUGCGUAGAGAGCCCAGUUCACUGGCCAAUGAAAACCAGUUUUACUGCAUUGGUAGAAAGCAUGCAAGUACGCUUGUGUGGAUGAACCCACAAGUACACACGUGUUAAGAUGAUGGGCGUUAUUCCUUGUCAAAUACUGCAAACUCACACUGUUUCUGCUUGUCACCUUGAACACAGACUUUAUUUAAGAAUUUUCGGGGUAUUUCACCGUGGUAGAUCGAACGAACAUACACUUCCUUAAUGUACUCUUGAGUAAGUGUGGAAUCACUCAUUUUUUUACAAUCAUUGACGAAUGCACUGCUUGGGAUAUAAAAUUGUUGUUCCUGCAACGCGCCCAAGGGGAAAUAUUGGAGCAGAACAAAACAUGGCACGACGAGACGGCCUUUCCGGAACUCCGUCGCCGGAGAAUUGAUUGCGGUGCGCUCGACCAACAUUCAGAGCAAUAGCGACGACGUCGGCUUGCGACCUUGAAAAUAACACCAAAGCUUGAGAACUUCGCCAAAGAUUCGGCAAGCAUAGGAGGACAGACGCG